AUGAAAGCCAAACUACUUAUUUGUGGAAGAACGAAAAGUUUUUUGCAUGGUGUGGAUUACCGUGAAUCCCACGAACUAGGUGUUAUAGCAGAUACUUGGACCAGUGCUGACAAACAAAAAGUUGAGAAGUACAGAGCCGAUAUUAAGUCUCUGGAAUCUUUCGAGACCAUCCUCAGCUAUACCAAAGUCCAACAAUACAUUCUCCCUGUCCGCGUCGAGGAGAAAAAAGAUGAUGAGGGGUUGUCGAACAAAGUUACCAAGAAGAGGAAGCUAAGAAGACUUGUAAAGGUGUCUGACGCAGGUGCAAAGUCCAAGAAGAAGAAGCCGCCCACCGUCGAGGAGACAGAAAAGCCAACUAACAUUCUUAUGCGAGAGAAGAAAUUAAAACAAGAGAUUGCCAGCUUGCAACUUGAAAAGGGGCUCCUCGAGCAUGAGAAGCUAACACAUGAGGAGUCGAGAAAGGAGGAGCAGGCCCUGAGGCUUGCCAGGGAAGAGGAGUUACCCAUGGUUCAGGCCAUGUACAGGGAGGCUGAGACCAAGCUGACUGAAUAUAGAGAGUCCUACGUUCCCAAAUCAGAUCUGCACGAAUGGAUGACUGCUUUUUGGUCAAGAAUGGUACCAACUGAAGGAUUGGCCAGCAUCCUGGUGGGCAUCAGUAACGAUGCCAAAGCAUUAGGCAGUCAUGGUGUAGCUGUGGCCGAGACCGCUUCUUUCGAAGGAGAUGCCCUUACCAUGCUUCCUGUUGAUGCUGGAGAGGAGGUAAGUGUGCCGGAGCUAGCCCCAUAUUUCAUCGAUGUACAGGUGGAAUGGGAAGAGGAUUCCUCAGAGCAGGUCGAGGUGGAGGGGAAGGAUGACCAAGGGCUUGCAGAAGAAGGGACGUUGACUCAUACCCCUAUCGAGGGGACAAACGAAAGUCGGCCCAGUCACCCUCCUGGCCAAAAUAAAAUAGAGGUUUGUACAGAACACUUUAUUGCUGCAAUUGACCUCCUAAAGAAGAGGACCAAGGAGGCAGAAUUCUACUCGAAGCAGGCUGCCAUUCUACAGAACAUACUGGUGGACCACGAGAUUUCACUACCCAUUCUCGAGGACCUUGAUCUAGAUGAUGAAGUGAAGGAAACGGCAGCUGCUGAGGAGUAUCUUCUCAGAAUCAAUGACCAAGAUUGGGAGAUUCUAGAUUUAAAAGAUAAACUAAGUUAG